AUGGAGGCCUCUAAGAAGAAUCUAUUUGCCAUGAGUGACGCAGAAAUUUUGGAAGUCAUUUAUGCCACACAUGAAGUUAGUCAUGACCACGAUUCCUUUGACGUUCAUUCUCUUUUCUCCAUCACUCAAAGCAUCAUUAAGUGUUCAAAGCAGAUCGUCGAUAGUAUCGACCAGAAGGUCCCCCAAGUAUAUGCUGAAAAUAUGGGUGGAAUAACUAUUGCACCCAGCUUCAGCACGCCCUUGUGCGUUUUAAAGUCCAUAGUUCGAGAGGUGCCAUGUAAGGCUCCAGGGGAAAAGAAUGCCCACGACGCCACGCUGAAAAUACUUAGCAAGGUGUCAAAGUAUUCAUGGGAAGCGAAGGCUGUGCUGGCUCUGGCGGCUUUUUCUUUGGAAUAUGGAGAGUUCUGGCUGAGUGCCCAGCAUCAACAAUCUGACCAACUUGCCAUGUCUGUGGCAUUCCUUAAGGGUGUGCCAAUCCUUCUCAAGCCCGAAAACCUCAAGAAACGCGGCAGAGCUAUCACUGAUCUCAACAAUGUGAUCAUGUCCACAUUGCAAGUGAUUGAUUGCAUCUUUCAAUUGGAGAAGUAUUCCAUCACUUAUAAUGAUGUAAAGGAGUUGAGAGAAAUCUUGGCAAAUGCAAGGAAAGAUAUCUCGGUGAAUGUCUAUUGGUGUAUCAUUACAACCGUAGCUUGCGCCACUAACAUCACCCUCCUUACUAGUGAUGAGGGGAACUCACACGACCUUGUCCAGUAUGCUCAGAAGAUCACAAUCAUCCUCAAUAAACUUAAGCAACAGAUGAAGAUCUGCAAAGAGGAAAUAGAGAAGUUACAGACCUACAUGAAGCUCAAACAGCUCUUCCAAAUUCCUACUGAGAUUAUGGAGGUUAUGAAGAUCCUAAUCUUUUUCAAACAUAAUGCGGAGACAACCAUUUUCGAUGGUUCCACUGAGAAACUGGUUAACAUCGACAUCCUAAGGACGAAGAAUGUGUUGUUGUUCAUUUCGAGCCUAGAGAUAUCUGAGGAUUAUAUUGCUCGUCUCAGACCCGUAUAUGAUUUUACAAAGGAUAAUAAUGAGUAUAAGAUUGUUUGGAUUCCUAUAGUAGAGAAGUGGACUAAAGAUCUGCAACGCAAGUUUGAGGCCCUGCGGGCUAAGAUGCCAUGGUACACAGUAGGCCAGGCUGGUGCCCACAUUGCAGGCAUCAAGUGCAUCAAGUACAUCAAGGAGGAUUGGAACUUUAAUGGUAAGCCUAUGCUGGUUGUGUUGAACACAAAGAGUCCGCUCCAACAUUUCAACGCUCUGCGCAUGAUUUCGAUAUGGGGAUGCCAAGCCUUUCCUUUCACACAGGAAAACGAAGAACAGCUCUUACUUUCUCUCCAAGAUACAUGGUUUUCCGCGUUAAUGGAUGGCAUUAAGAUAUCCAAAUGGAACAAAGACGAUUACAUUUUCUUCUACGGAGGGGAUUCAGUGUGGAUGAAUCAGUUCAAGGAGAAAGCAACUGCCCUUAUAAAUGAUGAAAUCAAAAAAGAACCAAAGAUUUCUAUUGAGUUAUAUCCUGUGGAGAAGAACGCAAAUAAUGACAGAGGGGAUGACAGCUUUAGCACCUUCUGGUCCGCCAUAGAAAGCAUGUUCCAUAUCAAGGUUAUCAAUAAGCAGAUUGAGGACGUGGUAAAACAAGUUCAGAAGCUGCUUUCCUACAAAGAUGACAAGAGUGGAUGGGCUGUGCUCAUCCAAGGCCGUAGGCUUGUGGCCCUUGGUGGUUCGACAAUGUAUAAAGUUCUCGAGAAAUACCACACGUGGAAUCAGAACGUAACACUAACAGUAGAAAACUUUGGACAAGUUUUUAAUCAACAGCAUGAGACGGAGGUUGAAGAAACUGGUCACGUCUGCAGCUGCUUUAGCAUCCCAGGUGCAACUGGAAGCACCCUAGAGGCAAUGGGCCGACUUUCUGGUGACCUGUGUUGGGUUUGUCGUAUUUGCUUCGUGUUGUGUUUUUUUUCUGCUGUUAUCAUGGAUGAUGAAUCCAAAGACAUGGUGGGUGCUAAUGGGUCUGCAACAAAGGAGGAACGUCCCUCGCGUGAUUACUCAACCUGGGUUACUUCUGACAAAUUGGAUGGCUCCAAUUAUGCCUCUCGGUCUCGUGGUGCGUGUAUUACAAUUACUACUAGUCGUAUGGCAAGUUGGAUUAAUGGGAAGAAGCCUGCUCCUUCUUCAGAUUCCGCUGUCUAUGCCGAAUGGGAGGAAGAUAAUUGUUUGUGUGAUGAUGAUGGGGCUCGUCGUCUGAAAGAAAUUGAAGCCAAUCGAGUUUAUGAUUUUCUUGGAGGACUUGAUCCACUGUAUGAUGGUGUUCGUAGCCAUAUCCUUGCUCUUAGUCUUGUCCUGCCCCUUCUCGAAGCCUAUGCCAUGGUCAUGGAGGAAGACACCCGUUAG